AUGCACCUCGAUGACCCUGACCUGCUCCACAACAUCAACCGUGUGAUUCGCGAAAUGGGAUUAGUCGGUAAAGCGGUUACAUUUCGGAUGGACCAAGAAGCGGCUCUUGGAGCCCUUGCCGAGAAACUCACCAAGUGCGAUAGCAGCCCUGCCAGCGCAACAUUGAUUGACGUGGUUCCGGGGUAUCGGCCCCAGUCGAAAGGAUCGAUUGAGAGGCAGGUUGAAACUAUGAAGCAGGGUUUCUGGUCUGUUUGGAUGGACCUGGAGAAAGAGGUUGCUAAGGUGAAGCAGGAAACGGAAGCCGUUGAGCUUGGGAAGUAUCAGUUACCUUUGGGAGGUUUGCUUUGGCAAGCCUGUGUUUUCUAUGUUGCUAGGUGCUAUAACCUCUGGUGUACUAGCGCCGGGGAUUCGAGCACUAGCAUAGACCGACUGCAUGAGGAGAUUGUGAACCGAACUCGGACGAGACCGUUCGGGUGUCUGGUUCAAGCUCAGGUCAGUAAGUCCAAGGCGCACCAUGAUAAGUUCAGGGGCGCCCGGACCGUGAAAGCGGUUUAUCUGGGACCGGUGCACGCCAAAGGUGGCGGCAUCUUUGCCGUCCCUGUCGGAAGCAGGGAAAUAGAUAUAUUCCCCGUCGCCAGAAUGAUCCAGGGAGGUGACAUCUACGAUGCCAAGACCCUGGAAGAGCUAUCUUUAGCUAAGCCUCUUCUGCAGGACACUGAGGACCCCGAGAGGCCCAUACUGUUUGAUCCGUUGGAGGCUCCUGGUGAUGAUGCUCCUGAUGAGGGGGCUGGUGUGGGAAUGGAUGAAGAUGGUGAUGAAGAGAUGAUUGAAGAUGAGCUUGCUGACUAUUCUCCGUCGGAAGCGCCUGAGAACCAGGAGGUUGUGAACGAUGAGGGGGAUAUGGAAAUAGACUGGCUCACGAAUCACUAUCUUGAGUCCCUGUUUCGAGGGCCUGACCUUCGAGCCACCUCCACUGCAGUUGCAAAGUCGUUUGAUUUGAAGUUUGGGGGUACGAAGAUAAGGUGUGCUGUUCCCCAGAACGCUGUGUCUGAGACUUCGGGAGAGAAGCUAGAACCCGAUCUCCUUUACGCAUCAAUGAAGCUUGAGUUGGAAGAGUUGGAAUCCUUCAAGGUGGAGCCGACGCCUUUAGACUUUGCACAGGAGGCACAGUAG